AUGGAAUUGACAUCACAAUUGUUCAGUGUUGUACGAGAAACAACACAAAAUUUCAUGUACAAAAUCAUUGGAGUUUUUAAACGUCCUACUCAUGAUCCUCAAUCAGAUUAUGCUGAAUUAGUUGAAGAUGACGAUGGAAACCAACGUCAACGUAUAAAAACAAUUCCAGCAACAUCAUCAAAUUAUGGAUCAUAUGGUUAUUCCCGUAUUCCUUUUGUUAAUUCAAUUAAAAAUAUGCCUAUACGAUAUCAAACAGCAUUUCUUAGUUCAUUAGGUUUUCUUAUAUCAUUUGGUAUUAGAUGUAAUAUGGGUGUUAGUGUUGUUGCUAUGACACAUAAUGAAACAGAAAAAUUAUCUAAUGGAACAAUUAGAUUAAUUAAACUUGCUCAAUUUGAUUGGACACCUGGCAUUAUUGGUAUUGUCGAUAGUUCUUUCUUUUGGGGUUAUCUUGUUACUCAAGUACCUGGAGGAUAUUUAGCAGCAAAAUUUCCAGCUAAUCAUGUAUUUGGAUUUGCACUUGGUAUAUCAUCAUUUCUUAAUCUUUUUAUUCCAUUUGCUGCUAAAAUUCAUUAUGGUUUCGUAAUGGUUCUUAGAAUUUUACAAGGACUUGUUGAAGGUGUUACUUAUCCUGCAGCACAUGGUAUUUGGCGUUGGUGGGCACCACCUUUAGAACGAAGUACAUUAGCAACGAUCUCAUUUACUGGUUCGUAUGCGGGUGCCGUUCUUGGAAUUCCUUUAUCGGGUAUUCUAACUGAGUAUUUUAAUUGGCAAGUUGCUUUUUAUUUUUACGGUAUAAUUGGUAUGAUAUGGUCUAUCUGUUGGUGGCAUUUAUCAUAUGAACGACCUGCAAUUCAUCCGAAAAUAAGUGAAAGUGAACGAAUUUAUAUUGAAGAAAGUAUUGGAGAAUCGAGUUCAAUUGCUAAUAAAACAUGGGUAAAACCUCCAUGGCGUUCAUUUUUUACAUCAAUGCCUGUAUGGGCAAUAAUAGUGGCUAAUUUUUGUCGUUCAUGGUCAUUUUAUUUGCUAAUUAAUUCUCAAGCUGAAUAUUUUCGAGAAGCACUUGAUUAUAACGUUGGAAAAGAUCCAUUUUUGGCAGCAUUACCACAUUUAACAAUGUCAUGUAUUGUACCAUUUGCCGGUAAAUUAGCUGAUUAUUUACGUGCAAAUUAUUUAUCAACAACAACUGUUCGUAAAAUAAUGAAUUGUGGAGGUUUUGGAAUGGAAGCUGUUUUUCUUCUUCUUGUUGCUUAUGCAAAAAAUCCUCGAUUAGCUAUUGGAGCAUUGACUAUUGCUGUUGGAUUUAGUGGUUUUGCUAUAUCAGGAUUUAAUGUAAAUCAUCUUGAUAUAGCUCCACGUUAUGCAAGUAUUCUUAUGGGAAUUUCAAAUGGUGUUGGAACAUUAGCUGGAAUGUUAUGUCCUGUUGCUGUUGAAUUUUUAACUAAACAAGGAAAACGUGAUGAAUGGGCACAUGUAUUUCUUAUAGCUUCAUUAAUACAUUUUGGUGGUGUUAUAUUUUAUGGAAUAUUUGCAUCAGGUGAAAAACAAGUAUGGGCUGAACCACCACUACCAUCAUCAACACCACCACCACCAACUAAUAAUGAUACAUCACCAUGGGCAUCUAAUGAAACAAAUAAACGUAAUGAUAAUGAUCGAUUUCCAUCAUAUGGAUCAACAGUAAAAGAUAAUACUGGUGGUAUUUAUCAAUCAAAUGAUCCAUUUGCUGGUAUGGCUAAUGGAAUUUAUACAAAUAUUCCUGGUAGAAAUAAUGAACAAACAACAAUUCCACUUACAGUUGAAAAUCCAAUGUAUCGAAAUUAUCGUUAA